UUGGUUAAUUAGGGGGAUUGAAUUUGACUUAAAGAUUUGUCGGAAGAGCUUGUUCCGUUGUAGCGGAGCUGUUUCGGUAAGUUGUGCGUAUUGUUUUUAUUAAGUGGGUUUUGGUUUGAGAAACUUGGAAGUUAGGAUUUACGGCGCGUCCACCAGUCUGACAACGCAGAUUUGGGUUUGUAUCAGAUGCCUCGUUCGUACGCAUGUACUGCUCUAAACCUGCUGAUUGUAUCAACAUUCUCAAAUUGAAUUGGCAUUUAGUAGCUCCGAUCAUGCCUUUUCUUGAAUGCUAGCUCGCUCUUACAUUUGCUUGUAUUAAGUUACACACUUGAGAAUUAUCUUGCGGCUAGUUUACGAGAAUCUGUCUGGACAAGAGGGAAUACCAGCAAAUUCACCAUGUACUGCUUGUACGAAGCUUGAGCUCUCAAAUUACACUUCUAUACGUGUCCUCUUCCGUCUCCUUGCUUAUUGAUGGAUUUGCCUGUACUGGACAUAUGCUCUAAACCUGAGUCAAAUUGGAAGUGCCUCACAAUGAGAGUCGUUUCAUACCCUACUUAAGAAGAGUGACUAACACAGAGGAAUGAAGGCCAAAGGAAAGAAGAUUAACACUCUUGCAGAACGAAAUUCGCUCCUCCCGACCGUUAGUUGUAUAAAAACUGUUGGAGGUCUAAGCACUUCCAGAAUCUAGUGUCCAUAAUUGCGCCACCCAAAUCCAAUUCGAAUUCUAAGUAUGCGUUUUGAGUUGUAGGUCAAGAAGAACAGAACGCUAAUGCCAGGAUCAGAUUACAAGCUUACUGAUAUGCGUCACUGAGCUGAGAAAAAUACGGCUCAGACGAUCGCUACAUCUAUUUGAGAUAUUGGGAGGAGGAGAAGGUGAAAUUGCAUUAGGUGGGCGGUAGUUUGAGUUAAGGGUCCAAGGGUUAGGUCGUGGAGGUGGUGAAUUUGUAUUACAAGGGUGUGGAGGGGAGCGAAGAUGGCGAACAGCAAAUACGAGUAUGUGAAAGAUUUUGAAGUCAAUGACAACAUACUGCCUCACACUUGGAUUGUCAUUCGCAUUGACGGCCGUGCUUUUACUAAGUUUUCGCAGGCUCACCAAUUUCAGAAGCCCAAUGACCUGCAAGCACUGCUGUUGAUGAAUGCUAGUGCAGUGGCUGUGGUGGAGGAUUUGGCAGAUGUUGUAUUCGCAUAUGGCGUCAGCGACGAAUACAGCUUUGUGUUGCGGAAAACAUCGACACUUUACCAACGGAGAGCCAGCAAAUUGAUUUCUGUUAUAUGCUCACUAUUCGCAUCAUCGUAUGUAAUGAACUGGGGCAAGUAUUUCCCGGAAACUAAGUUGCAGUAUGCCCCUGCCUUCGACGGAAGAGCUGUUUGCUACCCCUCUGAAUCGAUUCUUCGGGAUUACCUCUCUUGGCGUCAAGUUGACUGCCACAUCAACAAUCAAUACAACACUUGCUUCUGGAACCUUGUUGGUUCUGGUAAGAGCACUGCUGAAUCUCAAAAUAUGUUGAAGGGCACAACUGCGGAUGUGAAGAACAAUCUUUUGUUUGACACUUUCAAAAUCAACUACAAUGAUUUACCACAAAUAUUUCGGAAGGGCUCCAUCGUGUAUAGAAAAAAGGUUGAAAAGGUGGUGAAGGUGGAAGAUGGUCAAGAGAUCAAGAGACUUAGAAGCUGUGCUGUGGUUGAGCAUGAAGACAUCAUUCGGGACAACUUUUGGACCCAAUAUCCUUACAUACUCGGUGGGAAGUAGUCAUGCAACCGCCUCUUCUUUUCAACAACUACAACCCACUUGAGUUCUGACUUUUAUGAAACAUUCUAAAAUCAACUCUUCUUAGUGUGGAAAAUCUGAUUUCGCAAUGAUCCCUUGCUACUCCUUUUGAAGAUUGGACCUUCGUUGAACCUUGUAUUAUGGUAUACAGAAUGUGUGGUUCUAACAUAUUUUUGCAUGUUUUAAGAUUUUGAAGUACAGAACUAGUAAAACUGUGUAAGGGAAUGGUCGUAGAUGAAACAACGGAGCUAUUUUUUGCGUUGUACUUUUAUCUUCUGUAAACCGCAACUCGUAAAUUGAUUGUGGAUUUUAUCA